AUGCCUUCCAAUGCCACAGCUGAUGACAAUGGUGAUUCACUCUUCAAUGCCACUGCUGUAGCAAUUGACAAAGACAAGAACAGCCAGCAUGCUUUUCGUUGGGCUGUUGAUAAUUUCGCAAGAAAUAACCCGGUUAUUGUCCUAAUUCAUGUCAAGCACAAAAACCAUCAAUAUAAAGUUGCUGAUGGUCAGGCUGACGAGGCUGAGGAGGUGCAGCAGCUUUUCACUUCCUCCCGUGGAUAUUGUGCCCGUAAAGGGGUUCGUUUAAAGCAGGUAGCACUAGAUCACAUUGAUGUUGCCCAGGCGGUUGCGGACUACAUCAACAGCAGUUUAAUUGGAAAUAUUGUUCUGGGUGCAUCAGGAAGAAAUGUUCUUACAAGUUCUAAGCUAUCUCAUGUUAUGGGUGCACAGGAAAUUCAAAAACCAAGAUGUGCCAACUAG